UGACCAGGAAGUGAUUUAUCAUCGAACAAUCUAAAAAUUAAUGCGUUCGCUGAACAUUUUCGAAGAUAAAUGUAAAAGUUUAUGGCAACAGUACAACGGAACGGUUCAUACGGUGCAAGUCAUUUUCGUUUGAAACGAGUUUGACAAACAUUUCAAACGAAGAGGGACAUUUUCAACUUUGACCCCUGACGAAUUGAAUGAGUUUUCUGCAAAAUGGCAGCAUCAAUACCUUCUGCCGUGUCAGCACCCUCAUUGGGUCAAAAACGCAGGGCAUCUUUGAAGAAGAAAGAAAGAAGAAAACGAAAACGCCAAGCCCUCGCCAAAGCCCAAAUCAGAGAAUCUGGUGAAAAUGGAGAUGAUUCUCCACCAGAACAAGAUGAUGAUGAAGAGGAAAGGAAGGCUGAGGAAGAAAGACGGCGCCUAGAUCAGGAGUGGCUGGAGAGGGAGAGGCUGGCCCAGCAGGAAUUCAGACUCCGGUGGGAGAGGGAAGACGCUGCAAGGAAGAGACAAGAGGAAGAGGAGGCGAGGAUAAAGCAGGAAUGGGAGGCCCAGCAGAGGAGAGAGGAAGAGGAGAAGGAGCAGAAGAAACAGGAGAAGAGAGACAGAGAGGAAGCUGUACAGAAAAUGUUGGACCAGGCUGAGAGUCAGCUGGAGAAUGGGGGUCCCUGGAGAAACCCUGAGGCUCCAGAUUUUGGUACGGAGCAAGACCGGGCUAACUGCCCCUUCUUCCUCAAAACUGGAGCCUGCCGUUUCGGCGACAGGUGCUCUCGUAAGCAUGUCCACCCCCCGUCCAGCCUUACUCUGAUGAUCCGGGGGAUGUUUGCGACUUUCGGGAUGGACCAGAGGUCACGGGACGACUACGAUACAGACGCCUGUCUGGAGCACAGCGAGGAGGAGGUACAACAGCAGUUUGUGGAUUUCUACGAGGAUGUACUUCCUGAGUUCAGGACUGCUGGCAAGGUGGUGCAGUUUAAGGUCAGCUGCAACUUUGAGCCACAUUUGAGAGGAAAUGUUUAUGUCCAGUUUGACACAGAGGAGCAGUGCAAAGAGGCCUUCAUGAUGUUCAAUGGAAGAUGGUACGCUGGUAAACAGCUCCAGUGUGAGUUCUCUCCUGUCACCAGAUGGAAGACUGCUAUAUGUGGUUUGUUCGACCGACAGAAGUGUCCGAAAGGAAAGCACUGCAACUUCCUGCACGUGUACCGUAACCCUGGAAAUGAGUUCUGGGAGGCGGACAGGGACCUGCACAUGUCCCCCGACCGGGGAGGAGGAGGUACCGGGUCUUUCGCUGGGGGCCGGUUCUCUGAGAGAAGUAACCGCUCCUCGUGGACCGAGAGGUCACAGAGCCGACGGGGGGAGAGGAGCAGGAGGAGUAGGAGCAGGGAGAGCAGAAUAGCCCAAAGGAGAGAUAGUCUUCAGAGUGACAGGUCUUGGACCAGUCGUAGCAGCACAAGACCCAGGUCGAGGAGUAGGGACAGAGACCGGCGGGAUGGGAGCAGAGAUAGGAGGGACAGAGGCAGGAGCAGGGACAGAGAUGGGAGGGACAGAGGCAGGAGCAGGGACAGAGAUGGGAGGGACAGAGGCAGGAGCAGGGACCGAGACCGGCAGGAUGGGAGCAGAGACCGAGAUGGAGAGGGAGAGGGGUGGAGGGGUUCACCCACAGAGGCUAGUAGGGGGAGAGACAGAGCAGGAGCCCUGGAGAGUCCUCUAAGAGGAAGAGACAGGGGAGCAGGAGCCCUGGAGAGUCCUCUAAGAGGAAGAGACAGGGGAGCAGGAGCCCUGGAGAGUCCUCUAAGAGGAAGAGACAGGGGAGCAGGAGCCCUGGAGAGUCCUCUAAGAGGAAGAGACAGGGGAGCAGGAGCCCUGGGAAAACAUCCCAAAAAGACAAGCAGCCAGCCAACGACAGCAGCGACACAGCUCCAUCACGCCACAAACACUCCAAAAAAAGCAAAAAGAAGAAGAGCAAGAGGAGGAAACCCAAGAGGGACAAAAAGAGCCAGUCGGCUGGGGGUCAGAGUUCAUCUGCAGAGUCAGGGAAGGAGUCUUGGGACGAGGAGAAACCCUCUCCAAACCUUGUAG